CCUAAACCCGAAUACUAACGACCUGACCCGUUUCCAGAUCCAUUUCUUCUUCCUGCACUGAGCAGACACGAUGACCACGGAAACGGACGACUCUACAGCUGUGCGGCGGCGCGUGUCGUGCACAAAAUGCUUCGACGCUCUCUGGUUCUGCUACUCACCAUUUUACCAAAUGCAACAGUAUUACCGGGUUGGAAAACUUGAUGAUUGUACCAAAAAGUUCUCUGAUCUCUUUGACUGUCUUUCGUUAAAGACAAAAACAGCUUCUGAAGCCGAGAAAAUUAUGGAAGAGCAAGAGCAAGCAGAAGCAGCAAAACAUAUCUGGAUUAUGCGGACACGGGAAGAAGCUUCUUGUCACUGGAACGAGACUUUUGGCCAUUUGGAUGAUCCAAAUUAUUAGAAGUGCAGUUUCACAUUCUCCACUGGAUUCUUGAUUGGGAUUUUUACUUCCCAGAAACUCGAUUUUUGCUAGAGAUCUGCAGAUUAUUCUGCUGCGGGAUAACAAAAAGCUUUUGUCAUCAGUUACCAUGAAACAUUUUAAGGUUAUGCCUCAGUCUCCAAAGAAGCGAACCCGGAAAGAUGGGAGGGAUGUUGAGAGAUCAUUCAAAUGAAAUCUUAUUUUUAUUAAUAAAUUUGGAAAUUUUCGACAGUACCAAUGUUUUCUUUCAAA